ACGUUAAACAAAAAAAUUUUUUUUAAAACUUACUGGUUUUCCUUUUAAAACAAAAAAGAAUUUUUGCUGCAUGUGGUUUUGUUCUUCUCUGGAAGUAAAGCCAGAAGUACAAAACUGUCAGGGAGAAUUUUCCUUAGAAAAAUGCUGCCUCCAAAAUACUUGUCCACCACCAAGCCCAGGAGGUCCUGGGCCCCAGACCUGCGUGGGCUGAACGGCGCCUUGUCUGGGGAGCCGGACGCCGCCCUAGGAGAAGGCGCUGCUGACUCUGAGUUCUUUCAUCAGAGGUUUCGGAACUUCCUCUACGUGGAGUUUGCUGGGCCUCGGAAGACCCUGCUCAAACUCCGAAACCUCUGCCUCGAUUGGUUGCAGCCGGAGACUCGCACCAAGGAGGAGAUUAUCGAGCUCCUGGUCCUUGAGCAGUACCUGACCAUCCUUCCAGAAAAGAUCAAGCCUUGGGUGCGGGCAAAAAAGCCGGAGAACUGCGAGAAGCUCGUCUCUCUGCUGGAAAAUUACAAGGAGAUGUACGAGCCGGAAGAUGACAGCAGCAGUGAUGUCCACAGUGACGGCAGCAUGAGCCGGAAUACAGCAGAGUCGCCGCCCCGCGCUGCCUACUCCUUCCGCAGUGACCGAGACCGGGACUGGGACCAGGACUGGGACCGAGACCGAGACCAGGACUGGGACCUGGAGCAGGACCGGGUGCGGGACCGGGAGCACCGCAGGGGCAGAAGCAGGGACCUAGAGUCUCGAGGCCGCUGGCCGUACGCCAGGAACCCCAGAAGCAGGUUUCCUCAGCGGGAUCUCUCCCUGCCCCUGACGGAGCAGAGCACGCUUGCCGAGGAGGGAGAGCACAGGCGCAGGGACUCCCUGCUGGACUGCGAAGCCGGGCCCCAGGAUGCAGUGUCGUACCAGGAUGUGGUGGACCUCGCCGAGGACCGGCAGCCGCAGAACCCGGUCCAGGACAACAUGGAGAACUACCGGAAGCUGCUCUCGCUGGGGGUUCAGCUUGCUGAAGAUGAUGGCCACUCACACAUGACCCAGGGCCAUUCCUCGAGGUCAAAGAGAAGUGCCUACCCAAGCAGCAGCCGAGGUCUGAAAACUAUGCCUGAAACCAAAAAGUCAACCCACCGGCGGGGGAUCUGUGAAGAUGAGUCUUCCCACGGGGUGAUCAUGGAGAAGUUCAUCAGGGACGUUCCGCGCAGCCCCAAGUCGGGCAGGGCAAGGGGGCCUGGUGAUCGGGUGCAGAGGUUCUCCAGAAGGGCAGACAGUGGUUGGAAGGACGUUCCAUUCAGCAAGAGGGAGUCGGUGAUCCAGGAGAGGGGCUAUGAAGGGAGUGCCUUUGGGGGAGGAGGCUUUAAUUUUAACUCAAACCUUGUUUCCAGAAAGAGGGUUCUUGAAAGAAAAAGGCGCUAUCAUUUUGACACAGACGGGAAGGGCUCGGUUCACAACCAGAAAGGCUGUGCGAGGAAGAGGCCCUUUGAGUGUAGCGAGGUGAGGAAAUCGGUGAGCAUGAGCAGCCUGAGUGCGCCCCCGCUCCCCGACUCGCAGCCGUUUGACCUCGGGGCAAUGCCCUACGUGUGUGAUGAGUGCGGGAGGCCUUUCAGUGUGAUUUCCGAGUUCGUCGAGCAUCAGAUCAUGCACACCAGAGAGAGUCUGUAUGAGUAUGGCGAGUCCUUUCUGCAUAGCGUGGCCGUCAGCGAGGUUCGCAGGAGGCAGGUGGGAGGGAAGCGCUUUGAGUGUAAGGAGUGCGGGGAGACCUUCAACAAGAGCGCCGCCCUGGCCGAGCAUCGGCAGGGCCACGCGCGGGGGCGCCUGGCGGGGGGGCGCGACGAGGAGUGCGAGGAGCCCUUCAUGGCCAGCCCGACCUUCCGCGAGCUGCAGAAGAUCUACGGCAAGGACAAGUUCUACGACCCGGCGCUCGGCGAGCUCCCGAAGAUGCGCAGCUCGGAGAGGCUGUACGAGUGCAGGGUGUGCGGGGAGGCCUUCCUCCAUGGCGCGGCCCUGAGGGGGCACCAGAGGGCCCACGCGCGCAGCCCGCUCUCGAGUCAGGGCAGGGGGCGCGAGGAGGCCUUCACCCCUGGUCCCUCCCUGAAGAAACGUCAGAAAACCUACUCAAGAGAGAAGCCCUACGACUUUAAAGAUCCCGGGGAGGCCUUUAAAAGGCAAAGCCCAGGCCUCACUGAGCUUCAGAAAAUCCAUUCUCGAAAGAACCUCUACGAAGGCAGGGGGUGCCCGAAGUCUGCCAUUCACAGUGCGCCCUUCCCGGAGUCGCAGAAGAGUCACACCAUAACGAGGCCGCCCGAAGAUGAGGAGGCCGGGAGCGCGUUCGCCGUCAGUGCCAGCCCUGCGGACAGGCAGGAAGCCCUGUGCCGUGCGAGAAAGCCAUAUGAGAGGUCUGUCAUUCACAGCUUAGCCUUUGUGGGAUCUCAGAAGAGCCACAGCGCAGUGGGGCCCACCACGCCGGAAGUGGUCCCAGAGUCCCCCCUACAAGGCUCAGGUGUCAUCCGGCGUCCGAAGGUCCUGGCUGGAGCGGGCACCACUGAAAGAAAGAGACACGAGACGUCCGUUAUCCACAGCUUAGCCGCCUUCAGGCCUCCCAGAAGCUGCAGUGGCAGCGAAGUCACUGGACGUGACGAGAGGGGGGAGUCCUCCGCUUACCUUCCAGACCUCCGUGGUCAGCAGCAGAAGACUCCUGCCAGAGAGAGCCCUGACAAAGGGAGCAAGACGCCCAGCUUCACGGAGUCCGUCAUCCACAGCGUGUCCCGCAGUGGACCGCGGGCAAGUCUGGCCGGAGAGGGAUCCAGUGGAUUUAAGAAGGAUGGCGAGCCGUCUGGUCCCAACUCAGGUGUCCGUGAACAUCAGAAGGCUCGUGCUAAGAAGAAAAACAUUGAGCAGAGGAAUUAUGAGACCUCUGUAAUCCACUCCCUGCGUUUUGGUGACCCUGAAACGUUUCGCCCUAGAGAGAAAUUUUAUGAAUGUCCAGAGUGUGGAGAGUCCUUUGUUCGUAGCUCGGACCUCACUGAGCAUCAGAAGAUACACAAUAGAAAAAAGCCCUCUGGAAGUAAAAGCUACAUGCGGUCUGUCAUCCGCACCUUAGCCUCCACUGACCCUCAAACCAGUUACGCUGACCAGCCAGCUCAGACCAGUUACGCUGAACCACUAGCUCAGACCAGUUACGCUGACCAGCCAGCUCAGACCAGUUACGCUGAACCACCAGCUCAGACCAGUUAUGCUGAACCACCAGCUCAGGCCAGUUACGCUGACCAGCCAGCUCAGACCAGUUACGCUGACCAGCCAGCUCAGACCAGUUACGCUGAACCACCAGCUCAGACCAGUUACGCUGAACCACCAGCUCAGGCCAGUUACGCUGAACCACCAGCUCAGACCAGUUAUGCUGACCAGCCAGCUCAGACCAGUUACGCUGAACCACCAGCUCAGACCAGUUAUGCUGAACCACCAGCUCAGGCCAGUUACGCUGACCAGCCAGCUCAGACCAGUUACGCAGACCAGCCUGCUCAGACCAGUUACGCUGAACCACCGGCUCAGACCAGUUAUGCAGACCAGCCGGCUCAGGCCAGUUACGCAGACCAGCCAGCUCAGACCAGUUACGCUGAACCACCGGCUCAGACCAGUUACACUGACCAGCCGGCUCAGGCCAGUUACGCUGAACCACCAGCUCAGGCCAGUUACACUGACCAGCCAGCUCAGGCCAGUUACGCAGACCAGCCAGCUCAGACCAGUUACGCUGAACCACCGGCUCAGACCAGUUACACUGACCAGCCGGCUCAGGCCAGUUACGCUGAACCACCGGCUCAGACCAGUUACACUGACCAGCCGGCUCAGGCGAGUUACGCAGACCAGCCGGCUCAGGCCAGUUACGCUGAACCACCGGCUCAGGCGAGUUACGCAGACCAGCCGGCUCAGGCCAGUUACGCUGAACCACCGGCUCAGACCAGUUACACUGAACCACCGGCUCAGACCAGUUAUGCUGGCCAACCAGCUCAGGCCAGUUAUGUGGACCAGCCCAUGCGCAAUGAAUGUAAGGACUGUGGGGAGUGCUUUGCCACCACUGAAGACCUUGGCACGCAUCAGAAAAUCUACGCGCAAGAGAAAUUCCACAGCGGGAAGCUGUUUGGAGACUCUGUCAUUCAGGGUGUCGGCCUCGAUGGGCCUCAGCGGGAGGAGCCUCGGCAAGACGAGCCGGAGGAGCCAGAUGAUGAGCAGGAGGAGGCUGAAGACUCCAUCUAUGGCUGCAAGGACUGUGGGCUGGGCUUCGCGGACCGCGCAGACCUCAGGGACCACCAGAGAGUCCACGGUCGAGAGUAUGUGGUCGACAGUCGUGAGCACACGCGCUCCGUGAGCCACGCCCACCCCUUCGGCGAGCUCCAGAAGGACUACCUUGGGGAGCAGCUGUAUGAGUGCCCGGCCUGCGGAGAGUCUUUCGUUCACAGCUCGUUCCUUUUUGAGCAUCAGAGGGUCCACGAGCAAGAUCAGUUUUACGGCCGCCAGAGGUAUGAUGAGCCCUUAGUGCAGCCCUUGGUGAUCAGCCCCCCGAGGCCUCGGGUCCCACAGAAGAGUCCUCCUGCCGGGCUGUCCCUGCAGUGCCAGGUGUGUGGGCGUGACUUCAUCCACGGCUCCGUCCUGAGCCAGCACGUGAGUGUGCACACCACAGAGGGUCUGCCGGAGCGCGGCCAGCGCAGCGGGGGCGCUGUCGGUGCAGGCUCAGCUCUCGCUGAGCUGCAGAGAGACCCGGCCGAGGAGAGGCGCUACCAGUGUGAGACCUGUGGGGAGUCCUUCCCCAGCCCGUCUGACCUGCGGGAGCACGUGAAGGCUCACGAGAGCGAGGAGCCUUACGACUAUGGCGCCGCCUUCGUCCACACCUCCUUCCUCACUGAGCCGCCCAAGGGAGACUCGCCCUUCUACGAGUGCAAGGACUGUGGGAAGUCCUUCCUGCACAGCACGGUCCUCACAAAGCAUCAGAAGCUCCAUGUGGAGGAAGAAGCAGCAGCUGCAGCAGCCCAGGAAGUUGAGGCCAACGUGCUCGUGCCCCGGGAGGCUCUGCGGAUCCGGGGCUCAAACGUGGAGGCCGCUGAGCCCGAGGUGGAGGCCGCAGAGCCGGAGGUGGAGGCUGCCGAGCCCGAGGUGGAGGCCGCCGAACCCAACGGGGAGGCUGAGGGGCCGGACGGGGAGGCCGCAGAGCCCAACGGGGAGGCCGAGCAGCCCAACGGGGAGGCCGAGCAGCCCAACGGGGACGCUGACGAACCAGAUGGCGCGGGGAUUGAAGACCCGGAGGAGAGGGCAGAAGAGCCAGAGGGAGACGCGGAUGAGCCCGACGGGGCCGGGGUCGAGGACCCAGAAGAGGAAGUCGAGGACCCAGAGAUUCAGGUGGAAGAGCCCUACUAUGACUGCAGGGAGUGCGGGGAGACCUUCACUUCUAGCGUGGCCUAUGGGGAGCACCUGAAAACCCAUGCCAGGGCGAUCAUGCUUGAGGCCGGGAACGUCUGCGGGGAAAGCUCACAGUACACCGAACACGCCAGCACCAGCACCGGUGACAGCGGCAGGGCCGAUGACAAGCACUUCACGUGUGACGUCUGCGGGCAGGUCUUUGGCGAUCGCUUGUCCCUGGCCAGGCACCAGAAUACCCACACUGGCUGAGGCCACGGGCCAGGGCAGAAACCUUCACCUAGGACUGGACCUUACUAAACCACAGAGCACCGGAACCAACCCACGGUGAUGUCAGUGGGGAGCUUCCCUUGGCGUGUACACACCUGACUGAACGUGAGACAACUCAGCCUGAAAAGAAACUGAAGGUGGAGACCGUUCGGUCUCAGCUCUUCCCCAUCCAGCCUGGCGUACGCGUGUGGGGAAGCCGUCCCACACACCUUACCUUUCAUUUGAGUGAUCACAUUGAGGGAAGACCCGAGGGCUUUUCGAGGCUACGGAAAUUGCCCCAUCUGUAAAUGACAGUCCUCUCACCUACGUGUAGUGUUUCCUGAGAUGUAUGUAAGAUAGCAGAUCACAGCAAACCAGUAACCACGUGUACUUGGAUUCGCCAUGGUGCACAGUGACAGUUUACUUGAAGAGGUACCUGGCCUGGUGCUCUCUGAGUUUUUGUUUUUUUGUUUUAGUUUUUUUUUUUUUUUUUCUGGAAGAGGAAGAGAGCACCAAAUUAGAAUACAUUUGUAAGCAUCUUAGAUUCUUAGAAAGAUUUAUUGUGCAUUAUUUGAACCGCAUCAGUAUCUGUGAGUAAUUGACUGUUGUUCCUGUAGAGGUGCAGGCAUGAGAGAGGAGGUGUCUUUGACACUUUGCUGUUUGAAAAGGGAAAAAUACUUGCCCUUUUCAGCCACUCUGUCUACACCGACGCUUUGGAACUUAACGCUGUGUAAGCCUUUACUGUUUGUGGAUUGGCCUUUUUUAACCCCAAAUCGGUCGGUUGCCACCUUGUACUUUGCAGUGGUUCUCGUGCAAAAAUAUUACAAGUUUUGUUACUUCUUUUUUUAACCAACUUGACGUGUGUUGUUCAGUAGUGAAUUCACAAAAGCUAACGCUUUUCCCUGUAAAUCUUACGUCUUUGCCUUUAAAGAGUGGGUUGCAACCAUCACUAGAUCACGAUCGUGCCUAAUGAGGGUUGAGAACCGCAGGGAGAAGCUCGGCGUUGUAAAUGAGGAUGCAGGCUGCCGCUCUCAUCACUUCCUCCGCGCGCUUCCUGCCUUAAGUGACCGUAGAAUGCGGCUUCGUCCGUGUGUCCUGCCACGAGUCCGUCCGCGCCCCGCGUGCCCCGGGGCUGGCACCCUUAGAGCUCUCUAGCGUUGAACUGAACUCUCGUCUUCACCUGUCUGACCCUCAACCCCUGCCUAACUUGCAUUAAAAAAAAACUUUCUUUACAGUCAACUCAAGCUUAACGUGGACUCAGGUUCCCCAGCAGCCUUAAUCUGUCUCGUGCCGUCCGCCCCUUGCUAACGCGCGUGUCUCAGCGGCCCGGCAGGGCUGCGUGUCUGCCCCCGCCUCCCCUGUGAUCCAGGCUGCCCUCACGGCUCGUGGCUUCGCGUGUCCUGCGCUGGACCGUCUGUGCGCCGUUCGCUUCUCCUCCCGUCGCGUAAGUGGCGGUUAAGAAAUUUUUUGGCUUUGAGUUGGCUGGGAAAAAAAAAUUUUUUUAAUUUAAAAAAAAAACUUAAAAAAGAGGAUCUUAUCUUGUAAAUUAAGUGAGCAAAAAUUUACGAGCAGAUCAUUUGGGCGAGCAAAAUUAAAAUGCCUGCUGGGGUAAUGUGUCUGAAUCUCACUCUCCUGGACCCACAAGGUUAGGGCUCAGGUGGAGCGGGUCUGAGCUGGAGGAAGGGAGGGAAGGCAGGCCAAAGUUGAAGGAGGGGGGAGGUGAGAGCAGGAGAGGGAGGGAGUACGCCAAAGAAGGGAGUCCUCCUGCAGCGCCAGACAGGAGGGUGAGGAAGUAGACAGAAGGGACCCGAAGGCCAGGUGGGAGAAUGACUGGGCAGUUUGGAAGAAGGGGCCUUUUUCAUGGUGUGGUGUAGGCGAGGCCAGCUGUAUAGACAGACCUGAGGUUGGAAUCGACACCCCUGAAAACGGAGGGACCGUGAGGGGCUGCAUCGGAGGCGAGGAGGACCCUUGAGGUGGGAGCCAGUCUGGGCAUCGUCAGGGUGAAUGUGGGCUCCUCGCUGUGGGCACUGGUAUUCGUGGGUGGAACCUCUUCAGAAGGUGACUUGCCAGAUGUCAGGGUGUCCGUUCCAACCUUAGGUCCGUGGGAAUUAGGAACAACUUGUAAAUGCCAAAAAUAGGAGAACAAUUAAGUGAAGGCAUCCGUGGACUCUUCCGCAGCUGUUUAAAAGUGAUAAUCAUGAAGAGUGAUGUAGCAGCGUGGAAAUAUAUUUACGGAAUACGAAGUGGAGAAAACAGGACACAGAAUUAUAUUUAUACUACAGUUAUAACUGUUAAAAAUGCUUAUAGUCAAAAGCUGUUGUGUUGCUGCUGUUGUAGGCUUCUAGUUGAGCAUUAUUUUCUUAAACUUCUUCAAUGUUCUUUAUGGUAGUGUUACUAAAAGUUUAUAAUCACGUUUCCAUUGUGAACAUAAUUUGAACUCAUUAUCAGACACUUGGAAAACACAGAAAAGUGGAGGAAAGAAAAAUCCAUAUUCCCACCAUCCAAAGAGAUACACUCUUCGAGCCCUUGUUUGUUCCCGUUUCUGUGCCCAGGUUUGUAACUGUGUCAGAACGUGUCUUCAGAACGGCUGUUGCCUUUGCGGAACUGUGGCUCAGCACUUCCAUCUUAGUGUCUUCAGAUGUUCCUUACAGUAGUGUCCUGGUAACAAAGUUUAUUAUGUUUGUUUUCAUGACAAGCAUAAUAUGUACCCAGAGGAAAAAUUGGAAAAUACAAAAUAAAUUUAAAAAGAAAAAGCAAGUCACCGAUAUUUCCGACACCCAACGACCGCUGUUAACAUCCUGGCCUGCUUCCUCCGUCUUGUUUCAGAGCACAAGCUUGUGAUUGCGACAGUGUUAGAUGUGUGCGCAUAAAGUCUAAAAUGAGAAAAAUGUGGAAGUAAUUAAAGAGUGUGUCAUUGUGGGAUUAUGGUUAAAUAUUUUGUCUCAAAUUCCUUGAAUGAUCUUUCGUGUUUCAGUAUUAAGUCUUCUGUAUGUAUUUUUCCAUUACAAGUACAGUACAUGCUCAUGGCAAACUCUGGGAAGAUUCAGUAAAAGCAGAGGAAAGAAAUUCACCCAUAUUCCCGACCCCCAGCAGUCACUCCUGUUAACACCUUGACCUGUGCACCAGUCAGAUUAUUGGGGUAUUGGUGAUGAGUGUGCAUGGGGGAUCACGGGGAGAAAUAUGGGAAACAGUUGAGAAAUGGUUGUGUGGUCAUGGUGGGGUGGCGGUUAAGUAUUCUGUCUCGGUUUCCUGGAACGGUCUUUAUCACAGUGUUUCAGUAAUCUGCCUUCAUUACGUGUAUCUCCAUUAUAAACACAGUAUGUGUUCAUUAUAGAAACGUGGACAUUACAGAAGUGUAGGAGAGAAACUCACCCAUAUUUUCAUCAUCCAAAGGCUGUGGUUAACAUCGUGACAUACUUCAUCUUGUUUCUGUGCACAGGUUUUUGGUUUGUCAAUAUGGUUGUGGUCGUUCUAUCUGUAAUAGUGUCAACAAUAAAAAUAAAGUUAA